AUGAAUAAGGAUAGUGGUAACAAUUAUACUGUUGAUGUAAAUAUAGAACAAAAAAAACGUGAGAUAAAACAAGAGUACGUUAAUUUUUUGGAUGAUAGUAAUGAAAAAGGAAUUUAUUUUGAAAAAGUUAAUCGUUUGAUCACUGAAAAUGAAGUUAGACUAAUUGUCAACAUAAAUGAUUUGAGAUCUACUUUUCCUGAAAGAUGCAAUGAAUUAUUGUCUAAGUUUGUUGAUGAAAUUGUUCCUUUUGAGCAAGCUUUGAAAGAAGUUGUUAUGCGUCAUCAGCCAAAUUACGGUAGAGAGACAAAUUUACAUAUUGGUUUUGAAGGUGCUUUUGGUACACGACAUGUUAAUCCGCGUUCAUUAAAAUCAAGUUUCCUAGGAUCGCUUGUUUGUUGUGAAGGUAUUGUUAUUAGGGCAUCUCAAGUAAGGCCCAAAGUUGUGAAAAGUGUUCAUUAUUGUCCUGCCACUGGUAAAACUUUGGAGAAAAAAUAUUCUGAUUUGACAUCAUAUGAAGCAUUGCUAACAUCUAAUGCUUAUCCAAAAGAAGAUGAAAAUAAAAAUCCAUUGGAGACUGAAUUCGGACUAUCUACUUAUAAGGAUAGUCAAACUUUUACCAUUCAGGAAUUACCUGAAUGUGCACCAACUGGUCAAUUACCAAGAAAUGUUGAUAUCAUUGCUGACGAUGAUUUAGCAGAUAGGUGUAAACCUGGAGAUAGAAUUCGUGUAAUUGGUUUAUAUCGUUGUUUACCGAAUAAAAAUAAUGGUGUAUCGACUGGAAAUUUCCGUGGUGUAGUCAUUGCUAAUAAUAUUCAACUUUUAAGUAAAGAAAUUGAUGAUGUUGAGCUUUCUCCAAAGGAUUUGGAAGAUAUCAAGAGAAUUGCAAAAAGACCUGAUGUAUUUGAACUACUAGCAAGAAGUCUAGCACCGUCUAUUUAUGGGCAUAAUGAAGUUAAAAAAGCUGUUUUAUGCCUUUUAUUGGGUGGUAAUGAAAAGAUUCUUCAAAACGGGUCGAGAUUACGUGGUGAUAUUAAUGUUCUUCUUAUCGGAGACCCUUCUGUAGCUAAGUCUCAAGUUUUACGUUAUAUUCUCCAUACUGCUCCUCGUGCUAUAGCUACAACAGGAAGAGGAAGUUCUGGAGUUGGUUUAACAGCUGCUGUUGUAAAUGAUUCAGACACUGGGGAAAGAAGACUUGAGGCUGGUGCUAUGGUACUUGCUGAUAGAGGUAUUGUAUGUAUAGAUGAAUUUGAUAAAAUGGCUGAUAUGGAUAAAACAGCUAUUCAUGAAGUUAUGGAACAGGGAAAAGUUACCAUAUCUAAGGCUGGUAUACAUGCCAAAUUAAAUGCUAGAUGUUCUGUUCUAGCUGCAGCAAAUCCAAUUUAUGGAAGAUACAACCCUUUCAAAAGUCCUAUGGUCAACAUAGGCAUGCAGGAUUCUUUACUUUCAAGAUUUGAUUUUAUUUUUGUACUUUUGGAUGAGCAUGAAAUGGAUCGUGACAGAAAUAUUGCAUCACAUGUCUUGAAACUUCACAUGUAUCGUGCUCCGGGUGAAGCUGAAGGACAAGUUCUUCCAUUUGGUAAUGAUUUACAAACAUUUACAACGAUUACUUCAAAGAAAAAAAAUAAAAAGAAUAGUACUGUUUAUGAGAAAAAUCAGGAAUGGGCUGCUGUUACCAGACAUGAAAAAAUUUUAUCUAUGGAAUUUAUGAGAAAAUAUAUACACAUUGCUAAGAAAUCAAAGCCUGGUCUUACUGAAGAAGCUUGUGAAUUUAUCAAUGAAGCAUACACAGAGUUGAGAAGUUAUGAUACAGAAACAAGUGAUUCAGAACGAACAAUGCCUAUAACAGCCCGUCAACUAGAAACGUUAAUUCGUGCUUCAACAGCUAUAGCUAAAGCUCGAAAUCAUGCUUUAGUUACACAGCAAGAUGCUGAAGAGGCAUAUGAUUUACUUAAAUUUGCAUGUCUUAAAGAAAAAACAAAAGAACGUCUUGAUAAAAGAAAGAAAAAGAAAACAAAUAAUGUUGAAUAUGAUUCUGAUGAAGAUAUUGAUGAUGGUGAACCAGAAGUAGUAAAUCCAUCGCAGUCUUCAACACGCCAGCGCAAGCGUCCUGCAGCUGGUACACCUGAAAUGGAAAAUAUUAUUGAAGAAGAAACUGAAAAUGCCACACUUAAGCCAUCAGCAAAGCGAACACGUAGAAAUACCCCAUCAAUUUCUGUUGAUAGAUACAGAGCUUUUAAAAAAUAUCUUCGCCAAGCUAUUGACGCUAUAAAUAGACCAGAUGAAUUGGUUCCACAAGCCGAUAUUGUAUCAAAGAUUAACGAGUUUGCUGGCAUUCUCAAAUUUACCGAUGAGGAAUUGGCUGCUGCUUUUGAAAGAGCAGAAAGUGAUAAUAUUAUAAUGAUAUCUGAAAAUAAUAUCGUUUUAAUUUAA